AUGCUCAGAUCGAGCAAGGUAAGUAUUGGUGCGAAGAGCAGUAAUGAAGACAUGUGUGUAAAGGUGGACAACAAUUUUACCGCUAAUGAGGCAGAAUAUGUUCAUAGCUCCGUUUCUGAUGAGGUUGGGUCAAAGAGAAAGGAAGCAAACAGCGACUUGAAGGGGGGUGAUGAUCAUAAGGCUGAGACUGAGAAUAAGGAACAUGAUUAUAUUCUAGAAUCUAUGGAUGUCGGGGACAUAAACAACACUGAAAUAGUGAUAUAUAUUGAACCCGAACUGAAUGAAGACAUUGUUAUCAAACCUUUAGAUGAUUUUCCGAAGAGCUUGAGGGAUACGAGCCAGGCGAUCCAGAUAAUGAAGUCAACCGAUUAUCCAAUAGGGAAAUCAAGGAUGUAA